AUGCGUGCAUGCACGUCGCGUUUCGCUUUGCCUGGAUUUUAUCGAUUCCAGUCGAAGCCCACGCCUGUCUGCCAGCCCCCUUUUUUUUGUCUUUCUGUCUCCCUGUCUUGUAUCUGUAUGCCUUCCCUUCCUUGUCGAGGACGCUUCCUUUCCCAUUUUAAGCCCCUAACACUGGCUGGAAGAAAGAGCGGGGACGGACGAAACCCUUCUGGACGUGCAGGAAGCAGGCCCCUGCUGCAAGGGGCGUUUGUAUUUGCCCUGAUUUUCUUUUCAUCGCUCUCUCAUAAAUCUUAUUCUUAUUCUGAUUUUCUCACCAAUCCUCUCUCUCUCCUCUCUCUCUCUCUCUCUCUCUCUCUCUCUCUCUCUCUCUCUCUCAGACUUCUGAUUUUAGUUUUCAUCUCCCUCGCAUUCUGGUUUUCUCAACAUACUUUCUAUCAUUGUCACUUUCACCUCCUCUCUACGUCAUUCGGACUUUAUCUUCAUCCCCUCUCUCUCUCUCUCUCUCUCUCUCUCUCUCUCUCUCUCUCAUAUUCUGACUUUCAACAACGUCACUCUUGGGAUGUUCUCUAA